AUGGAGAAAGAGCUCAGCGAAGACAGAUCCAGCGCCACUUCCAACGCAGAUCAGUUCGAAGAAGGGUCUUUCGACGACGUCACUGCCAUUUCCGAUCAGGAAGUCGUCAGUCAAGCACCCUUCGAAGUGGAAGACAGUUCCGAACUACCACAGCCGAGAACAGAAUUCGCUCAGCCAGUUCUUUCGAAACAGGAACUGGACCACAUCGCGUACAUCACGAGCCUAGCCGAAAGAUCAUCUUUCGAAGCUCCAGAACGACCUCCACUGCCUAGAAGAAUGGCUUCAGAACAACAAGAAAUGGAGAAAGAGCUCAGCGAAGACAGAUCCAGCGCCACUUCCAACGCAGAUCAGUUCGAAGAAGGGUCUUUCGACGACGUCACUGCCAUUUCCGAUCAGGAAGUCGUCAGUCAAGCACCCUUCGAAGUGGAAGACAGUUCCGAACUACCACAGCCGAGAACAGAAUUCGCUCAGCCAGUUCUUUCGAAACAGGAACUGGACCACAUCGCCUACAUCACGAGCCUAGCCGAAAGAUCAUCUUUCGAAGCUCCAGAACGGCCUCCACUGCCUAGAAGAAUGACUUUAGAACAACAUGAAAUGGAGAAAGAGCUCAGCGAAGACAGGUCCAGCGCUACUUCCGAUGCAGAUCAGUUCGAAGAGCGCUCUUUCGACGACGUCACUGCCAUUUCCGAUCAGGAAGUCGUCAGUCAAGCACCCUUCGAAGUGGAAGACAGUUCCGAACUACCACAGCCGAGAACAGAAUUCGCUCAGCCAGUUCUUUUCGAAACAGGAACUGGACCACAUCGCGUACAUCACGAGCCUAGCCGAAAGAUCAUCUUUCGAAGCUCCAGAACGACCUCCACUGCCUAG